AAGAAAGAGGGAGCUAAACACUAAUGAGGGAGCAAAUUUUUUUUUAAUAAAAAUACCCCAGCUAAAUGCAGAGGUAAAAUAGAAAGAAAAUCCGAGCCACAUUCCAGAAAGAGUUUUUGAAUGAUAGCACAAUUUGGCGGGUAAAUGGAGCUCCUACAGCUCUCCAAAUUCAAGCUCCAACUCCGUGCCCUAAUCUCCGAAUUUCACCAACUCAAAGAAAACGAACGCAAUGCAUCUCAACACCUCCAGCAUACAAUACAGAAGCAAAAGAAAAUUGAGGAGGAAUUCAAUCAAAAUUUGGCGGAAUUGCGUGCGGAGUUAGGUUUUGUUAAUGAUCUUAAGCAUAAACUUGAAAGAAAGGUAACUAGCUUAGAGAAUGAGAAUAAUUUGCUGGAGAACAAGCAGAAGGAAUUGGAAGGAACUAUACAGGGCUUGCUUGAAUCAAAGGAGGAUUUUGUGAAGGCUUAUGAGGACUCUACUUAUGAAAUGAAGCGAGCUAUUGCAGAUAAAGAUAGAAAAAAUGAUGUUCUAGCUGAAAAGUUAAAAGCUCAUUUGUCAUUAUUUGGUUCAAUAUCAAAGGAGGUUCCCUCCAUCAAUAAAUUUAUGGAUGAUGCUAGACAGGCUCUCAGACGAAAGGAGGAUGUAGUGGCUGGGCUAAGGAGGAAAAUGGAUGAGGUUUCCACUUUUGAGAAACUUUUUAUCGAAAAGAUCAAUAACCUGGAAAGCAAAUUGAUGAACAAUGAAGUGGAACUCACAACGAAAACUAAAAGAAUACAAUAUCUGGAGGCAGAACUUGAGGCAACUAUUCUUAGCAAGGAGUUCCAACCAAGGAUCGCACAGAUAUCCAUUAGCUGAUGGGCACAUUUUGUGGUCUCCUAUGUUUAUUAGGUUUCAACAAUGAUCUUUCACAUUCCCUUCUUGAUGGCAUGCCACCUUAACUAGUUAUACCUUCAGAGAGAUGUAUCUACAAAGGAACUACUUCUACAGAACUUAAUCUCAGAGAACAAGGGAUUGCGUUCUGAAGUAGGAAAUCUAGGCAUUGUCAUGAAAAAGAUACAAGAUGCUGUCAGUGGUAUGAGUGAAGAGGACGCCAGAUAUUGUUCAAUUUACAAGUAAAGAUUCUCAUCUGAAAUCUUCUAUGAUUGAAGAAAGCACAGUGUUACAAGAAUGCAGAAAUUCACUGAUGCAUUGCAAUUUUUCAAAGCAGCCUCACCUUCUGUUCAGGAGGAUUCAAUAAAGAGCCCCUUGAAGAAGGAUGAUAAGAUAAACUGCUAUGUAUCAGAGUCUGUUUGUGCUCCCUCACCAUCAGCUAGCUCAGUGCCUCAGUGCGACGCUGACAAUGCAAGUGCCUUUGCUGCUACAGCAAAGAAUUAGUGAACCAGCCGGAUUCUGAAUGCCCAACGACUCAAGUGGAGAUCUUGUAAAUUUUACCAUCUUUAGGUAAAUUUUGAAAACAAACUCUUAAGUCGGCUCCCGGUA